GAUCAUAAAUUGCCUUUAAAACGGAAUCAGCCGAAGCCUCCAGAUAACGCCGAUUUGUAAAACAGAAGUGUCUUUCUUUGGCAGAUUGGGGGCGAUGAAGAAGGGUUGGAAAAUAGCAAGGAAGAGCAAGAUCGUCCUUUAAAACCAUCUUUUAUUGUAAAGCAUCUUUUUUACUUCUUUUUGGAUUUACAUGCAAAGAUAUCCAGCCAAAAUGGGCAUCACACAUCUGGCAGUCAUUAGCACCCUCAUGUGCUCAGUUUGGUCAUCAACUAUUAAAGCUAAAGAUGAACACCGCGUUGCUUUCUUUGGAGAGGACGUGCAUAUUCCCUUGUCGGCUUUAGACACAGCAGUGGUGGUGUUCAAGCCAAAAACACAGCCAGUGCUAGAGAAGGUUUACCUGCAGAACGGGGUCAUUCAGGACACAAGAGUCAAACUGAACAAACACCUCAACCACCUGAUCCUGGAGGAUGUGGGCGAGGAGGACGAGGGCACUUACAUGGUGAAGAACUCUGCAGUGCCAGCCGAUGUCAAACGAAUCGCGCUUAUUGUCAGAGACUGCGCAUUAGAGACUGUGGUGAAAUUCGGGGAGACGUAUCACAUUCCGAUCAGCCCUACGAUCGGUCCCUACACCCUUCAGUUCAGGCCUGGAGUUACACUUGAGCAGACCACAGAAGAGCCCCCUGUGCUUCUCAUCAACCAGACCGGUGUCAAAUCGGAGGAAUACGAGAACCGGCUCACUGUGGGGGAGAAGAGGGUCAGCCUGCAUGUAGUCACAGGAGCCGAUGAGGGCAGCUACACCAUCGUGGACAUGGACGGGAAAGUCAGAAUGAGGGCCUGCCUUAACGUGAAAGACCACCAGAUCUUUCAGAACUUGAAUUACGGUGGAACGCUAAAUAUCAAGCUUCAUCUAGACCACACCAAGGUCAAAAUGGUCUACAUCCCAGACUCUGGCCACAAAGAGCGUCUUAUCCUGGACCAAGGGGAGCUGACGGUGCCGCUGGACUCCGCUCUGGAGGGUCGGGUGUCUGUGGAAGGCUCCAUGUUCUACUUGAAGAAGGUCAAAGUCAGCGACAAUGGUGUCUUUCGAGUGAUGGACUUUUCAGGCUUUCGCAUAACUGACGUCUACCUUCAUGUGGAGCCCUAUAAGCUUCCCCAGCUGUAUGUGGCGAUCCUCUCCUUGCUGGCUCUGCUGGCAUUUCUGCUGCUGGUGUGUUUGCUGUCUUGCCUGAUCAAGGUUCACCGCCGGGCAGAGAGAGCACGUAAGAUCACCCUAAUCGCUCAGCAGGCCGGAAAAGGCGACGGAGACGCGUUCAGACAGGUGGUUCAUGAAGCUUAUACUAGAUUUGCGGAGGAGUCUACUGUGCAAUCCACAUGGGAGAACAACACAGAGAGCACUGAAGUUGAAAUCAAAGGCCUCGAGGUGUCGAAACCAGGUCAGUACCAUGCCCUCCAAUCUGACAAAAACUUCCUGGAUAUGAACGACUCAGGUGUGGAGUUCAACUCGUCUGCGCUCCCUCUGGACAGCGACACCGAUGUACCCGACAAUUUCGCCUCUCACAAGCUCCUCAUCGAGUCUGACACUCUCGCUGGCGUCCCGCCGGCCAUUUCUGAGGGCGACCACAGCUCCACUCGCACCCCUGAUUCCAUCCUGAGCGCCAGCCCUGCCACCCAGCCCAAAUCCGGGGCUAAAACGGAGGUCGACUUGAUUGGCGCAACCACACCUGAGGGAGUGAAGGAUCUGGAUGCAAACACGAGCAAAGAUGCUUCGCCACAUUCCGAGAAAGUCGUGGAUCCAAGUAACGGAACCGCAACCUGAGAAGUGAAAAAUGAAAUCGCACAUCAUUUAUACCAAUGCAGCCACUGUUCAUUUGCAACAUCUCACCGUUUGCAUUUGCAAAACUGACACUUCAUCACUUGCUUGAAUUCAUCUGAUGCUAAACUAAUGGGUUGUUGAUUAGGAUAAAACACUGAUCCAGAAGAUAUGCAAAAGAAGAAAACAACACUCGCAAAAAAAAGGAAAAAAAAUGAAGAACAAGAUCGGUCCUGCACUAUGCAUGUCUUUGAAUUACCGAUGAGUUCUUGAUUAGUUUUAAAGCUAGAUUAGUGUGACCAUAAAGUGCAUGUUAAGACACACACACACACAGACUUGAAGACUUACUUACUUUUUAAAAACUUUUACAAACUCUAUCCAAGUGAAUCUGAAGUGGAUUGUACCAUAAAUGGGGGUAUACCUUGCAUAUUUUUUCAAACAGUUGAUCUACCAAAUGCCAAAUGAACAUUUCGAGAACAUCUCCGUCACUUAUCAUCAAGCUGGAUUCAUUUCAAGAUCAUUCUGAAUGCAUCCCUCUUUCCUUUUUGACCGUUUGCAGCCACCGGCAGCUUUUGAAGGGCUGUCAUGAUAAUCCCUGCCAAUGGUUAACUAAACACCUUGAUGAAUCAGGUCCGCAUGGAUGACAGGUAUCUGAUACGCUGGCUUUACACUGUAAAUAGGAUCAGCUGUGGCUGAGGGUUUUUUGGCUCUGAGGAACUCCGGCUGAAGGAAACGGCUUGUCUCAGCAGUUUCAGAUGCUGACUCCGCUCGGGUUUCCUCACAACUCGGGCCUUUCCGGUGAUCUCUUUUCCUUCUCAUCUUUUAUUCUUACUCUUUUGAACCUAUUUUAGGAGCUUGGAGCUUUGUGAGACUUGCUGAAUUUUGCAUAUUGAGAAUCCCGAUGAAUGAUUUGCAAUAAGAAGCAGAUUAGUGAAAUGAGAGGAGGGAACUGAGGAUAGGAAGACAAAAAAACAAAUCUAUAUUUUGUAAGGUUUGAAUCAUUUCUGGCAGUAAACCUAAAUCUGCAUUGAACACAUCCUGGUUCAGAUUACACAAUAAUAGUUUGGAACAAUCCGUUUCAUGUCGGGUGUUAAAGGAAAUUGAAAAUGACAGUGGUUGUCAUGAUGCAAGAAAUUAUUGUUCUAUCUCAUCUGGACUGUCUGGGAUGUGCACAAUUAUCACUGCAGAUCUCCUUAUUCAAUUAGAUUUGCAAUUGCAAUCUCUUGUUUUGAUUAAAUUUAAGAUAGCUCUGCCUAUUUCGAUAACAUCAGGCACAUCAUUAUAAGACAAACAAUGAGGCAGCUUGCAAGCUUCUUGUUCAUAAUUACAAAUUAGGCGCUAAAAAUCAGAUCAUCUGACAGUGACAAACUGGCAUAAAUAUUGUGUAGUGCUAACCCAGCUAAACUGCUUUCCAAACAUGACUGUAUUGCUUCAACAUUUUUAGUUUAAUUAAACAUAAUUAUUAUUUUUACACUCAAAACAUUCCUUUGAUUUCAAAAUUGCGACAAUGUAAAAAAAAAAACUACUUAUUUAUUUCCUGGUACCGUAAACUCCAGACGAAUAUUCUCCAUUGUGUUUAUAGGUUUUAAAUUGGAUUCUAUUAAACCUAAUGAAGGAAUAUUUUCAUAGUUCCUAUAACUACUGUCAGAUGUGUUUGUGCUUCAGCAGUUAAGAAAAUAAUUUUAGUUUUAUAGGACUUUCCCAACCAAGGAACCUAUUUACAAACUAUAGGCAGAAAUACCCGCUCUUUGGUGUGUAUUGGAAGUGGGAACAAUUUAGUUCUAGGAACGCCAUUUGGGGAACUAAAUUAGCUCAUACUACAGAGCAGGAUCUAAUCUAGCUCAAUAGUGAUGUAGUGUAUAUUGAUUGAUUGAUUGAUUGAUUGAUUGAACGCAUGCCAUAUGAGAUAAAGUGUUACUAGACAUACACAUUCAGAAAGCUAACGCUAGCAGUAUUAGCCUUUUUUUAAGUUCUUUAUUAUAUGUAGCACUACAAGCUUUAAUAGAGUAGGUGAUUUAGUCCUCACUUUUAGUGUUUCAGUUGCAAACCUAUAUAUCUACGUUUCAUGUCCUUUGAACACACUACACACAGUGAAUACACAGUUUGGGUAACACCUCCAUUCUGUUGAUGUUUUUGAAUGUCGCACUUAAAUGACGUUGUUGUCCCCUGGCUUAUUCUUAAUGCAGGAAAAUGCAUUCAGGGGAAAUGUAGUAGAUAAUGUGGACUGGGCUGGUGGGUAGUAUCUAUAACAGAGUUCCUAUUACUACCCUGUAUAAGAGCUUUAUUUAUCCAUUGAUCCAUGAAGAGCCUUUUCAGUUUGUAGAACUGUUUCUUUGCCCAAAUGGCAGCAUAACAAAUCUUCAGAUUAGUAAAGUGUUAUUUGCACUGAUGCCAUGUAUCCACCAAAGCAUUUAGAGAGUAGAGUAUAGCUGCUUUUCUAGUUUUGUGUCGAAUGGUUCUAAGAACAGUCAGGUAUGGUUCCAGUUGUAUAUCCACAUGAUCCUGGUAUACAGCAGGGCAUGAUUACAAACAGUUAGUUGCCGAGCAUCUAGGCACAGUCAAGGGGGUCACACAUCGGAUGCACUGCUCAUUCGAAUGUUAUUUAAGAUGAAACUAUUCAGAUGGCUCUCUGGCGCGACAGAAAUAUGAACAGUGUCCUAGGUUGUGGUUGGGCUCUGCGGACAGAUGCCGACUUGCGCCGCCAGUGUGCGUACAUCCGGCACAUCCGAUGUAUGACCCCCCCUUAGAUGACUGUUCUGUGCUGUACUGGUAGAGUGUGACAUCACAAAACGUUUCCUGGCUAACACUUUUUUUUUUUGCUGGCUAAGCCAAAGCAUGCUAGUUCUAUUUUCGCUCAUUUAGGAAGGUGAAUAUCAAAUGUCCCAAAAACAGAAUUAUCAAUUCAUCGUUCAUAUUGCUGUUUUACAAUACAUCUGCAUUACCAAGGCAAAUGAACAUAAUGAACAGGGAGUCGUUGGGCCCAAUAAUGAAAAAGCCCUGUGCUGUGUGCCCAGAAACGGCAUGCGCGAGUGACUCAAGCUAUUCACACGUAAACAUUUUGAGUUCAUUCGCUUUAUUUGCGUGUCAAAUUCAGUUCACAAUAGACACAGAUUUGCAUCAUGGGCAGGGCUACAUUAACUUUCUUGCUAAAUGGCUAACAUGGUUUUUAUUGAGAUAGUAGCUAUGCUUUAUGUGCUUUGAGAAGGCUGAUAAACAGCAUAUAUUCAUUCGGCACCGUGUCUGAGUCCACUAGAUGUGCUUCAGCGGUGCUUCAGACUGAGCCGAGCCCAGUUUGAUUGUUGUCAGGUGUCAGCAGGAGGAUUUCUCCUCAGAACAUCAACAACAGGCUCUAAGUCAUAAUCACGCCCCUACAAAAGCAAGCUCCUGAUUGGUUAACGUGUCACAAAUAUCUACUGAAGUUCAGAUUUUACAACUCUAGCGUCAUUUGUGCUGCCUCAUUCGCACAAAUUGCGCCGUAGGUUGUCUUUUCGCAUUUUUGCAUUGACUUAACAGACUUAACACUUACGCUUGAUGAUUUAUCCGUGUCUGGUGUGAACACACCAUUAUGUAGCUUACAUUUUCAAUUGUUUUUAAAUAGAGCACCAUGUAUUUAGAGAAAUAAGACCGUAUUUGCAUCUGGCAUUACCCUAUUUAAGUGCCGUUUUCAACAAUGUCAUGUCAAUGUUUUUACCCAGCUGUCCAAUCAUAUUGGAGGAGGGCCGGGACAUUACAUCACACAUUACAUAAUUGAACAACAAUGGAGUAGAAGUAAAUAUUGCUGGUUUUAGAGUAUCCAAUUCUGUACCAGAUGGCACCUCUGGACUACAGCAAUAUUAAUAUGAAUAAUAAUGCUUGGAGCUGAAUUUCGAUCAACAUGGAUUUGGCUAAAUGCUUAAGCACCAAAGUGCCAACAGCUGGCCUUGUUCGAAAGAGCACUUGGCAUUUUCAGCUGGCUAAAAAUGCUUUGGUGGACAAAAUGGCCAAGAAAAGCUCUUUUAAAAACAGAAAGGUACAUCAGAAAUGGCAUUUUGGUACAUAAUAGUAAUAUCACAGAGUAAAGAUAAAACAAUUCAUGAACACAAACAAUAAUCCACCUGGAAUCGGUGGAAACGCAUGGCUUAAAUACAAAUUAGACAAUAAUAGAACAGAUGUGUGGGAUAAAAGGUAACUAUUAUAUGGCGGGAAACAGAACAAAGGAUGCAUGUGAUAUUUAAUUGAACACUUUUUAAAUUCAACACCUUUUGUAGCCUAAUUAUAAGCAUAUGUAGAUUUUUAUCACUAACAUUCUCAUAGCAUUCAUUUAUAAUGGAUAAAUGUGUUAAUGUAGGUUUAUGACGCAUGAAACGGAUUUUAAAAUGCAAUAUCAAAAUGAGCUGUAGCUGGUGGGAGGAGUUUUAUAUAAUAGGGCGUGGCUUGGUCUGCCGGAAAAAAUUGCUACCUCAUGUUUUGAAGAGGGAAGAUGGUUAAAAAAGACAGGGUGUCUAAAAAAAGCACAAUUAAGACAGAAUUUCUGCAAAUGUGAAAUCGCAGCUAAUGUAAAUACAGCUGUUUGCUAAAAAAAAAAAAAAAAUAGAAAAUUGUGAAAUUA